AUUAGAAGUCAAUUGUUAUCUGUCGACUACGACUAUGCCUAUGUGACAAAUGACAUGUGCAAUUGCGCAUCAUUAUUUUCAAAAUAAACAAAUCACAUCGCUGAAACGGCUGAAUAAUUAGACGAAUUUAGGGCAAAGUGGUGACUGAUUAACUCAGAGUUAUUUAGCAACAUAAUACGAGGAAACUACUAUGUCUAGCCGAAAGCUUUGGGGAGAACUAGAAGAUGAAAACAAUGAUGAAACAUUGUUGCAAAGUGUGAAUUUUAACCCAAUUAUAGAAUUAGGCAUGCAAAAUAUACCAGAAAUACCUAUUACAGUUAAAUCGUCACCUAUUGAGCUCCCAAAACAAAACUUAAUUACAAAUACUAUACAAUUGCAUACCUAUGCUAGACAACUUACUGCAAUACUGGAACAAACUGAGAAUGCUGUUUUCGAGGGCGCCAGGCUUGAUGCCUUAAGUUUACCCAAUCCUCCUCCUGAACCUAACAUUAAAAUAAAACAUAAAACAUCACCCCCAAUCAAUUUCCUUCCAAAGGAAUAUUGUGACUUCUCAAUUGGUAAGGGGCCAGUCAUUCUUCCAUUUACACCUGAAAGCCAUGCGAGAGCUCUAAAGCAAUGUGCAGCUAUUGCAAUUGGCCAUGUAGGAAUACCAACUUGUACAAACACAGCUUUAAAUGCAGUAGCAGAUGCUUUGGACUUGUAUCUAACAAAUAUGUGUAAACUGAUGCGAACAGUGACUGAUAAAGAGGCCAGUGGUGUCAGUUCUGGAUAUCCUGAUAUAAUUUCCAAGGUCUUUGCAGACCUUAAUGUAGGGGACUUGCAUGAGUUCUAUGAAAACCGUGUGAUCAGAUAUCAUGGCAAAGUUAAAAAGAAGUGUGAAGAUUUAAGAGCUCAAUGUGAAGCACUUACAUUAGGAGACAUUGCACCUCAAUUAAAACUCGAGGAGGUACCUGAAUUACAUUUCCCUGCUGCGCUGGACAGCACAUUCACUCCAUCACUGGAACCUGGCUUUCAAAUGCUGCAAAGUUUGGAGCAAGAGCAAUUACAAGGAUUGGAUCUCCUUGAUACAAUAUCAACAGAUGAUAUUAAGGUGGAAUCUUUAGAAUUUGCACAACUUGAAUCUUCCAAGUUACCAUCAUUAUCACCUAGUGCCAAGAAAAAACGAAAAUAAAUAUUUUGAAGAUGAAUAUGUCUUACUAUAAUAACUGGAUUUAGGCCAAUAUUCCAUUAGUAAUCUCAGUGUUUCAUGUAAUCCACAAAAUGAUGUAUUGUUUAAACCUUUCUGCAUAACUUUUGCAUAAAGUACCAUUUGUUACUAGUGUCAAGUUGAGUUUCAAUUGAGUGAUCUACUUGAAUAUAGGCCUUGGUUUUGUUACAUCCUUAACUUGUAUGUAAUAAUUACAUGUGCUUUAUCUUUGUGAGUCAAAAACAUUUUAUUUAAAC